CGACGCUGCAAUACAGAACAAAAUGUCCAUCAACCCCCACAGCCUUGCGACCCUGGCCCUCCACGCCGAUGACCUCCUCCCCGGCGAGGCCGAUGUCGCCCCGCCCAUUCACCUGAGCACGACCUUCGAGUAUCCCCAAAUCGCAGACGACUCUUCCUCCCCUCAAGCCACAACCGGCGACUUCCUCUAUUCCCGCUACCACACCCCAACGCGCACCCGGCUCGAAACCGUCCUGUCGGCCCUCCUCCACGGCCCAACCCUCACCUACUCCUCCGGCGUCGCCGCCGUGCACGCCUACCUCGUCUGUCUGAAACCCAAGCGCAUCGCCCUGGGCCCUGGCUACUACGGCAGCCGCCAGGUCGCCCACCUCUACCAGGAACUCACCGGAUGCGAGAUCCUCACCUUCGACCAACUCGAUUCGCUUCGCGAAGGCGACGUCAUCCAUCUCGAGACGCCGGUGAACCCGACCGGCGAAGCGCAGAGUAUCAAGGCGUUUGCGAAGAAGGCGCACGACCGUGGUGCCUACCUUGCUGUUGAUUCUACGUUCGCACCCCCUGGCCUGCAGGAUCCGUUUGCCCUGGGCGCGGAUCUUGUGAUGCAUAGCGGCACGAAGUAUUUUGGGGGCCAUCAUGAUUUGCUCUGUGGGACUGUGUCGGUCAGGCCCGAGAGGGAGGGGGAUUGGCUUAGGAGGUUGAUGGAUCAGAGGCUGGUCUUGGGGUGUGUGUUGGGUAGCAUGGAGGGGUGGUUGGGGCUGAGGAGUCUCAGGACGUUGGAGUUGAGGGUGAAGAGGCAGAGUGAGAAUGCGACGGCGCUGGUAGGCUGGCUGGAGGAGUUGCGGACGAGUGAGACGGAUAAUGUUGUCCGGGGUACUGUUCACUCGGUCAGUCAUGCGAGUCUGCAGGAGGGGGAUAUGGGGUGGCUGAUGGAGCAGAUGCCCAAUGGGUUUGGGGCCGUGUUUGCGUUGGAGUUGAAGACGGAGGAGAUGACUCGGCAGUUGCCGGCUGCUUUGCUCUUGUUCCAACAUGCGACGAGUCUGGGGGGUGUGGAGAGUCAGGUCGAAUGGAGGAAGCUGGUGGAUGCGUCCGCGCCCCCGACUCUGCUCAGGUUCAGUAUCGGGGUGGAAAAUAUCGAGGACUUGAAGGAGGAUCUUCUUCGUGGACUGGGGAAGCUGCUCGUCUAGAGGAAGGAAGAUUCUGAGGAUUGACAAAUCCUACUGUGCACAUCGAGGAUGAUUCGCAUGAAUCCUAACCGGAAUGAUGGGGGGUAUUACUUCAGACUAGUUUCGUUAUGAGAUAAACACAGAAACUGGUGUCCGAGAUGCCUG